AGGACCUCUCAUCUUAAAGUGUGCUUGUUUUCUGCGACCUUUAUGCUUGAGAAUACAGUAGAAGAUAGACAAUAUGCUCGAGAAUACAGAAAGCUAUCUUCCGGCGGAGGGGCAACGAAUCCUAUUUUCGCUCGUACGACGUGUAGUCCUGCUCGUCUCGUUCGGGACGAGUCUGACAUGACUUGACCUUCUACCCCGUUAUUUUGCUCGUUCCUGCACGACUUCUGGUUCUGCCUGACCGUCCCAGCCCGCCACCAUGGUUCUAAUCGAAGAGGACGAGAAGGCGGACAACGCCGACAAAACCUUCCGCUCCCAUCUAGUAGAAAGGCUGUACCGGCUCCUCUGGACCAACGUCUUCUUCUCCAUAGCGCUCGCCUUCCUCGGCUUCAUCGCGAUGAACGCGUACCCGCCGAGCAACGGGGUGAGCUGCCGACACAUUUUACCCUUUCUCCUCCACGUGCUCUUCAUCAAGUUCGUGCACAAACUGCAGUAUUCCCUCUACCGGAAGCACUACCGCCUGCGUCACUUCGAGGAAACGGGGAUCGACUUGGAUAAGCAGGAGGAGGAGCGGAGACAGAGGAUGCAUUUCGAACGGGAAAAGAGGAAAAUUUCCAUCCCGGGCUUGGGAACGACGAAAGCAACCGGGAAGUUCGCUGCGUUAGCGCAAAAAAUUCCCGGCGCGGAAGCAAGGGGGAAGCUUUCCAAGCUUUUCGCGCGGUCUGCACACAUGGUAAGUCAGCAGACGAGGUACUUCUUGCACUUCCUGUGGAUCUACGAGGUGAUUGCCAUCCUCAUCCUAGCGUUCGCAACCUGGAGCCACUGCGGGGUAUCCAUUUACUUAAAUGGUUUUGUGUUUUUUUGGAACUUGCGGGUUUUCAAUGUUGCCGAGCUGAUAUUACCUAUCGACUCGUAAGCUGACACGUGCUCGUACUAUCGCUGCCUCCGUGAUGACAAACUUGAAAUUCAUUCGCUUCAUACUGCUGAAUUCAGAUUGAAGACGAAAAUUUUCACCCAAUGCCUCUGAGUUGCGAUACUUUUCUUGGGUAAUACUUAGCAGUACGACCCACUCGUGAUGAAAGCAUACAAAUUCAUUCGCAAAUCUUCUGGAGAAAUUACUUUCUCUGAAGACAUGUUUGUCUUUCCCAAUGCCAUCUGAUCAUUGCAUCGUUUCGUCGGUAAGUAAAAACGUCGCUCCAGUCUACUUCUACACAAAACACAGCUAUGGAAGUUGGCCUGCGAUUUCUUUUUCAUGAUGAGCAUCAAUCUUAUCGCUCAAUCGGAGCGCAGGCGAGUGUUUGCGCUUUGACGAGUCAAAUCUUAUGCUACAUGCUGACUUGCUAUCAUUUUCGCCUACUUCUUUCUUAUCAUAUCGGGUUCGCGCACGUCGAAGAUCCGAAAUGAGGAAAAACCACAAAUUCAUUCGCAUCUUCUGGAGGAUCCGUUCCUUGAAGACGCUAUUUGUCUCUACCCAAUGCCAUCUGAUUUUUGCCCCACAAUUCUUGUGUAUCGACAGACAUACAGAAUCUCGACGUUUAUUUCUGUGAUGAGAACCUUUUUUCAUUCGCUUCAAUUUCCUGAAACUACCAGGCUGAAGACGAAAUUUAUUUCACCCAAUGCCUCUGAUAGAAAAACAAAAUUGUUCUUUUGUGUAUGGCACAGUAUGGCAGGUCGAGAUCAUAGUGAACCCCCUCUUGUCGAAAGUUCCGAAAAAUUAUUGCAAGUGCAGCUCCCAUUUCUCGCAAAAACUAGGUUUUCGGCCGUUCCGUGGUGCGCAACGAGGGCGAGGACGAAGAUAUCUACGCGGGAAUUUUCGGCACCGACCGUGGCCGGUUUGACAGCCAAUCGAGCCAGUUUCCCCCGAUCGGGAACCCGUACGACCCGGAGAAGGAACUUACGUGCUGCGAGUGCCCGGGGGUGUACUGCCCCUACGUCUACGGACGGGAAAGCCUUGCGAUCAACCCGAACUGCCCCUGUUACGAGUCGGAAAUCCAGAAACGCUACGACGCCGAGAAGCUCCGGUUGCAACAGGAGCGGGAAAUCAGCCUCGCGGCGAAGAACGGCACCAUUCUCUACUUCCGCGAGGACGGCUCCCGCGUGUUUGUGCAAAACGAAACCUUUCGGCUGGAGGCGCUCGCGCACCAGGCGGCGCUGGCAGCCGCCAGUGCAUCGACCACCGCCGCGCCCUUCAACCCCGUGGACUUCCCGGCGCAGUGCUCGUUGCGCUACAUGCGCCGGUCGUGUGUCGGCAUGAUCUGUUUCUACGGUUCGGAGGACGAGUACAAUUCCCGCGUCCCGCCGGAGUGCCGGUCCGGGGUCGCAAACCCGGACCAGUGGCCCAGCGCGUCGACCGUCACGACGGAUUUCUACGUGCCGCCCGUGACGAUAGACACCAGCUCCGUCACCGCGGAGCCCAAGUACGAGCCGCCGGACUACACCGGGUGCUUGUUCGGCCCGUGGGGCGGCUGGGGGGCGUGCUCGGCCAAGUGCUGCUGCAACGGACUGGAGUUUCGCGUGCGCAAGGCGGAUCCGAGUGUGCCCUCCGGCACGUUCUGCGCGGCGGCGCAGGAAAACGAAAUGCGACCCUGCAAUCGGGACGUGCCCUGCGUGGCCACGAUAGAGAGGGUGUCGCUCGACUUGAGCUGCGAAGAUAACCGAAUGGAGUACCAGUGUGAGAGUGGUAUUGAUCGAUUUGUGUGGAAAUUAUGGUGGUUGUUUGAUAUCAGAAAUUGACACGUGGUGCUGCAAGAUUGCUAUGGAAAUCUAGAAGUUUAGAACAUGAAUUUUGUCGUGAUGAAACCUUUUUUCGAAAUUGCCGACAACGUUGCCAAGCGAUUGGUAUCGUGUGGUGGGGCUUUUUCAACACAACUUUAAUAUACUCUGAGACGAAAUUCUAAAUUGAGUUGCUUGGAAAUGCAUCAAAAUGAUCCUUGAUCGAUCCCAAAGAAGAUUACUAGCGCGAUUUCGUAUGCCUGGCAGACAACACUCUGUGCUCCGCGUUUCAACCCCUGUACCGGAGAUGCAAUUUCCAUGUUUGCUAUACCAAAUCCAGCAUUCGUUCCUAUAAGCAACGUUUUCGCCUGCUUUUUUGCAAAUGGUAGCGUUGUUUAUUCCGAAUGCUACAACACACCAGCAUUUUUAUUGCGUUGAUUUCCUAUUUUCGCAGGGUACGCCUGUCUCCGGCGUCUCCGCAUCGGCCACACGGUCAUGCUGGACGUGUAUUCGGACGAGAAGGGGUUUCUCCUCCCGAACCAACGUGCAACCGUCGUGGGAUUCCGCCUGCGCAUGACGGAGCCGGGAAACUUCUGUCUCCGGUUUGUCGACAUCGAGCGGAACGGGGUGAAGUGGACGUAUUUGGAAGAAUCUCUGGUCCACGUCACGCCGCACUUUGGCGAGUCCUGCCCGGUGGAAUUCAUGUUUCCGAAUCAGAUCAUCGGACCGCAAACGGAACCGGACUGCCCCUUGAGUCGUGAGCCAUACGUGAAUUUCGCUGUCGCAGCGUACACGGCCACGACUACGGUGAAUCCAGAGUAUACUUGGUCAUUUUUUCACUGCUGUCUUUAUACAGUUUUGAUGUUUCAGAACCUGUGCAUGCAUUUUGUUCCCUCGUGAUAAAGUAGAACGAGAUGUCGGAAGGGACGAGCAACAUAUGCUUCAAGUUCAACUCGGUCUGUUUCUUGCGAGGUUGGUUCCUUGGUGUACUCGCCUACCCCAUGUGAUCAUGUGUCAACACGUGCAUCGCCGUUUUAAAAUUUUCUCAGGAUCAAGUACCUCGGCCUGGAGGUACAGGUGUACGAUCCGCUGACCAAGCGGUACCGCCCAAAGUCCGAGGUGGACGCGGAGCGGGCAGAGAUGCUGAAAGAAGACGAGACCGAAAAGGUAGGCUUUGCCCUGCUGGACGACUGCUACCCGUACCUCUUCGUUCCCUACGUGGCUGGGCUAUUAGAAACAGCCGUAAAAGCGCCCUGCCCCGACCAGGAGAGCUCCGGGCCGGUGUUCAAGCUCAUUCUCGGUCUGGUCGCGAUUCUGCAGGUCGUGAUCCGGGCCUACUUCCUCUACGUGGAGCGGCUGCAGAAGCUGGAGAUGGAGUCGGCGAAGGUGGUGCCACGGAAAACCGUGAUCCACGCGGACAUCCGCGACGGACAGGAGAUCCUGCACUCCGGACACAAGUCGAUCGCCAUGAUGACCACGGAGGAGAAGAUGGUGGCGUUAGGGUACGGGGAGCAGGGGAAGCUGUUUUCCCAGUUAACCGAUGAGGGAUUCUCCGGGCACCUGCAAGUCUUAUCCUCCUCCUCCGAAGAGUUCCAUGAAGACGGGCACAAGGAGCGGCUUGGAAGGGUUUUAAACGAAUCAGGGAAAAGGUACAUGGAGGAGGAGGAUUUGCCAGAGGAGUUUCAGAAUCUGAGGAGCCAGCACGAGCGGUUUGCGAAGAAGCGGCACGAGGAGCGGAUGCGGCGACGGGAGUACCUGGCCAGCAUGAGUGAAGCGGACCGGGAGCGGCUGGACAGGAUGUUGGAAGACCGGUUGCACAACAAUCUGAAAGCGUCCUUCACGCAGGUGGACAGAAGGCGAAAAUCCCAGGGGACCGCCCGGAUGCAGCCGGCGCUGGAGCGCGACCUCGCGACGGGGACGUUCAAAAUGGUCUUAGUGGACACGGCGCCCACGCCGCCCCCGGAGGAGGAGUUCCCGAUCUACCGGCCAGGGGAGGACUAUUUGCCGCCGGCGUUCCGCGAGUGGGAAGACGAAAAGGACUUUCCGGGGUCGACAAGCACGUUUAGUCCGACGAAGUCCUUUCUCGCAUUGACGGAUGCUGGUGGGAAGAGACGGAAGGUGUACCCCGAAGCAAUAGAAGACGCAUUUCCGGAGGAUAGGCCGACCGCACGGUCGAGUAGAUCUGGAAGGUCUGGCGGAGGCUUAGCGAGCCGGGCGAUCGGGGACGGGCUGCUACCGGUGCUAACCGAUGCGGAUCUGGAGAAGUCCAUUGGGUCGCGGAAAUCAGGAGCAAGAAGUCAAGACAACCUCGACCAAAGCAGGUCCCAGUCGCAGAAAUCGUCCCGAAAAGGUGGACCCCCCGGCUCCACCUCCGGCGCGGAACAGCAAGACCCUCUAGAGCUCUCCAUCGUGCCCCCGAUAAAAGAAUUUGCCACCCCGAAGUCCAUGAUCCAGCCGCUCUCCCCCGGGCAGCAGGUCUCCGAAACGCCCGCGGGCGGGGAGUUGUCCCGGCCGGCGCAAUACCUCAUGUCGCAGGUGGAAAAGGACGUGGCCGGGGAUUUUGACUCCGCGAUGAUGGUGUAUGAGGGCCCGCCCGGGUCUCAAUUGCCAUCUACAGGCCCGGUCCUUCCGCGGCCGCCGAAGGGGAGACCGCCAGAUUUGAAACCGAAGGAGGCACCGGGGAUACGAUUAGCGCCGGUAAGUCACAUGCUGGAUCGCCAGCGAGAAACGAAGGAAGCGCAGGAAUCGAUGGUAAGUUGUGUGAUGCCUUUCGAAGAGCACAAAACAGUUUAUCGCGGCGACGUGCUUCUGCGCGUGCGCGUCUCAGUUAAACCUAUGGUCGCUCCGUUCCGCUGGUUGUGUCUUCCGCAUCACAACUAGCUUUUUACGCAGACCAAAAUUGAAACCCAUCUCUCCGCCGACGUGAUCUGUUGUGGUCACGCCGGAUCGAAUGAAGGGCACACUGUAGAAGCUAACUUUGGCCUGAAAGUGUGAGUAUGCGGCGCAUGCCUAAAUAUCUUAAGUCCUAUCCUCUCCACCUCCACGCUUGCCGGACGAGUUGUACUAGCACCGACUACUUACACCGAUGGUUGCACGAAAACUACAUUUUUUCUUAAAUUCAAAACGAACGAUUGCUACAGGCCCAGUCCUCACUCGACGCCUCCUUCGCAGACGGAGUUCCCCGCACGCCCCACAGCUCCGUUGCCAGCGGGGUGAUGCACGCGGGCAGACAGAUCUUGAUGACCGACAAUCUGGGCAACGCUUUACUCACCGCCCGCGUCGACAACCCGAGGCAGAGUGACAAAGUCUGCGUCAGCUGCAACACGGCGAUCAGAACCAAGAAGGGUACGCGCGUGCAGGUAUGCAUAUCGCCGGUCAACGACUACACGCUUUGCGCGCCCUGUGCCAAGCAGGUGGAGUCGCUGAUGAGCUGCUGGCUCGGGAGAAUCACGGAGGAGGACCAGUUGACCGCCGCGAAGAUGCUCGCGAAAAUUCAGGGCAAGCAGUACAAAGUCGAGAAAGAGCUGUACGUGAUCCAAGGCGCCUCCGUCAUUUUCAACGGGAAGGAGAUUUUCAAACUCAAAGCGAAGAUUUCGGUGGAAAAAACAAAGGCGAAAAAGCCCAGAGAUCUCCUCUUCACGAAAGAGCAACAAGAAACCGCCGAUACCCAGGUCGGCACCGAAAACGCCGCGGAGAACUGGCAAACGCUGAAGGUUUUCCGCCCGAUCAUCGGCAUCGUCGCCCCGGAGGGCGACUUGAUCUGCAUUGACGAGGUGAAAGUCGACGGGUCGAUUGUCUGGUCAGACGGGGACGAGUGGGUGGUAUUCGAUGAAGAGGAGCAACAGAAAGAAAGGGAAGAGCGGGAGAAGCUUCGGUUGCAAAGGCUAGAAGAAGCGCGGUUGCAGGCAGAGUACGAGGAAUUUCUCCGUCAACAGGAGAUCGCGAGGAUAGAAAAAGAGAAGAAAGAGGAGGAGGAGCGGCAGAGACAGCUGGAGCAAGAGCGACUCGAGAUGGAAAAGCAGUUGAUGCGCGAUAAGGGCUUCGAUCCCGAUGAUAUGGACGAAGAAGAGUUGGAGAUGGCACGGAAAAUCAUUUACGGGAAAGGGGGAGACGAUGACGACGACGAUUGAUGAUUUGUCAUGCUACAAUUCGGAUUCCAUAGUGCCCGUUCUUCCCAUUGACGUUGUUGAGAAUACAGCCCGCCGCACUUGCGCUCUGCACACUGAGUUCUUAACGCGACUGUGUCCUGGUCAUUCGACCCUGCGUUCGUGUGUCGAAUCGUAGUGGCAAGACGAGUUGAAAAAACAACUACUUGCUGCUCUUCGAUGCACGGUGCAGGUUCUGUGCAAUGG